AUGAGUAACAACAGUAAUAGUAAUAAUAGUAGUAAUAAUAAUAAUAAUAAUAAUAAUAAUAAUAAUAAUAAUAAUAAUAAUAAUAAUAUAGUAAUAAAUGAGGAUGAAGAUGGCAAUGAAUUAGAGAAAAAGGAUUUAAAAUCAGUUAAAGAGAUUGCUCAAUCAUAUGGUCUAUCAACAAACAAAUUAAAUAAAUUAGAAAUCAUUGAAAAGAUUAAAUCAGUUAAAAGAAAAAGAGAUUAUGAAGAAAAAGAAAAUGUUAAUUCGUUUAAUAAAAUUAUUAAAUUAACAAUUACAGAUAAUAUUGAACCUUCUGAAAUACUAUUUUGGAAAUUAUUUAGAAACAUAGUAAUUUAUAAAAAGAUAUUCUCGUUUAUGGAUAAACGAUUCUCAAUUAAUUAUGAUUCAAUGUCAUCAAUAUCAAAUCUUAUAAACAAUAAUCAAUUCAAUAUAUUAAAAGAAAAAGUUUAUAGAAAUUGUAGAUAUUUACAUUUAACAACUCACGAUUUGUAUGAUAAAAUUAAUGAUAUUUCUUGUUUGGUGAAACUAUUUUCAAAUAUUAAAGAUGACUAUCAAUUCUAUAGAAACUUUUUUAAUAGUGAUAAUGGUCGUUAUCUUUUAGCGACAAACAUAUCAACAGCAUUAAUUAUAUCAAAGAAUUUAGAGAUUUAUAAAUUAUAUAUAACUGAAUUCAAUUAUGAGCCAACAGAAACAGAUCUUAUUUAUUCAAUUAUAAUAGGUUCACAAAAAUUCAUUAAAUAUAUAUUAGAAUUAAAUUCAUCAAAAUCAUCGAAAUCACCAUUUUAUAAUAUUAAUAUUCAAAAAUUUUAUUUAAAUGAAUCAUCAUAUUUUAAUUUUCAAAAAGAUAAAAUAUUUAAAGGAUUACUAUUUUAUUUAAAUAAUAAUAGUAAACAAGUAUUUACAAUAGAUAAUCUUUAUGAAUUUAUUAUUUAUAGAAACGAUAAUGGAUAUGAAAUUAAUGAAAAAUCAACAUUAAAAACAUUAAUCACAAUUUGUAAAUUAAUUUUAAAAUUAUAUCCAUCACCAACUAUUGAAACAAAAACAAGCGAAUUAUUUAAAUCGGUUCCAGAUAUUCAAGAAAUUAAUGGUUUUAUUAUUGAAAAAAUGAUUGAUAAACAAAUUUUAAAAUCAAAAUUAGAUAAUCCAAUUUAUUAUAAUAAUAAUAAUAAUAAUAACAUUGAAAUUAAAAAGUUUAUAAUUAAAUUAUUAAAUUUAUAUUAUAAAACAUUUAUAUAUAUACCAACAAUUUUAUAUUUAUGUUAUUAUGAUUAUGAUGAUAAUGAAAAUUAUCAUUACUAUUUCAAGCAAUUUAAUACUGACAAGGAUGAACUGGAAAUUGCAUUUAGAUUUGGAGAUUUUAAAAUUUUAGAACCUCGUGAAACUAUUGAUUAUAAGAAUAUUUUACCAAGAGAAUAUAAUUUCUGGGAAAAAGAGAAUCAUAUAGUUUUAUUCUCACAUUGUUUUAAUAAAGAGAAAAAGAUUAAAUUCAUUGAUCAAUUGAUUGAAAGAAAUAAUCAAAAGCCAGAAUUGAAUUUCGAAAAUAUUGUCUUCAAUAUGAUUGUAAUGAAUGAUGAUAUUGAAUUAUUAAAAUACUUUUCAAAUAAAAUUGGUUCAAUUCUACCAGUCUAUAUUAAUAUUUCUGAUUUUUCAAUUUCUCCAACCUUUUUAAUAGAAUCAAUUGAAAUGUUGGACUAUUUAUUUAACAAUCAUAGAAAAUACUUUAUUGAUAGAGAACUUAUAAAUAAUUAUAGUACAUUUUUUAAAAAUGUACAAUUAUUACAACACUUUGAAUCGUUAUUAUCAAAAUUUAAACUUGACAAUCCGUCGAUCAUUGAAAAGGAUCCAAUUCCUUUUAUAAAAACUAUAGAUUUUAGUAGUAUUUUAUAUUAUAAAAAAUACAAAGACUUUCUUAAUUUUGCAAAACACUUUGCUACAAAUUCACUAUACAAUAAUGAUGAAUUAGAUCGUAUACAAUUAUUAAUAUUAUUAACUGAUGCUGAAUUAUCAUCUAAACAAAUGGUCAACACAGAAACACUUGGAAAUUUAUUAAUUUUUCCACACCACAAAUCAAAUCUAAUAGAUCAAAGAUCAAAUAAACCAUAUUCAAAAGAAUUUUUAAAAUUAAUUGAAUGGUUAUUUAAUAACUACAAUCAUUUAAUUGAAAAGGGUGGUCAUCUAUAUCACAAUAAAAAACACCAUUACCAUCUUCUUAUUACACUAGAUAGAUUAGAUCUCAACAACAACAACAACUAUUGUUAUAAUAAUAUUGAAAAAAUUACUUACCUAAUGGAUAUAGUAAAUAAUUCAACACCAUUUUUAUAUGAAGCCAAUAAUUUUAAAUUUUUAAAUUGGUUUUUAACAAUGAUUGAAGAUUAUCAUUUUUCAUCCAAUUCAACAAAUAAUGAUGAAAAAUUAAAAAUUAAAGCUUUAACAAAAUCAUUUCUUAACUAUAUUGUAGGCAAUUCAAAAUUACAAAUACUUGAAUAUGUUCAUCAAAACUUUGGUUUCAUUUUAAAAAAAGAUUCAAAUGGUGGAAUAUUACCAAUUAAAGAAUUAAAAGAAUUCUUAAUUUUAUCAAUUGGUUCAUAUUCAAAUUUUAGUUCAAUUAAAAUUUCAGAAUUUCUUUUUCAAUUUAUUACAAUAUCAAAAAGUGAAUUUGAAAAGAAAUCAAAUAGAAUAUCAAAACUAAUCUUUGCAAAUAAAUUUAAUUAA